AUGCCGGUCGUGACUCCAUUCUUCGUCGCUUUGAAUAGCACCCACCUCUAUCCGGGCAACGCAACCGUCCCGCCGCCGGGCUCCUACAUCCAGCCGAUCGAGCGCGAAGCUCUGUGGUGGAAGUACACUAUCGGAGUCGUGACAAUUGGGGCUUUUGUUACCGGCGUGUACAUGUGUGUGGUGAAAUGCCUGGAACGCGCUUCUGAGCGAGCCUCCCGCACCACGCCAGUUACCGACCUUCCUGGUGAUACGCUCAAUACUCCAGGUGCGGCGGGGAACACCUACGAGUUGGAAACGAUCAACGAUAACCCACUGUCCUCAUACGAUGCUACAACUGCUGUCGUCGGACUCCAGCAGGGGCGAGACGACGCGAGCGAGCAUGAGAUCGAGACUCCAGAGAGGCUCGAUCGCCAUCUCGCUGCACAAGGUGUGGCUUCUGCUCAUAUUCUGGCCGAUGCAGGUACGAUCGUAGCCAGUGAACAUGCUGAGUAA